CGACUAAGGCCUUGUCUACUGGGCUGUGAGGCCCAAGAAUUCCCCAUGAUCCAUGACCUUGGAUCCAACAAAUAAUGUCCUAUGAUUCGCAAAACACUAAUUUUGUUAUACUAGAUUAAGUAUUACAAAAUUGAUUAUUUUCUUUUGACAAUUUACUUCCAUUUUCAUUCUCCGCCUUAAGUAAAUUGUCUAUGUUAAUGUAACCUUAUUAUAAGAUUAAGUCUUUUUGCCAAAUUUAAGGACAGGCUGUACAAUUUUCAAGUUUUUUUUCCCCCCAAAUUUAAGGUAAAGUGUAUAUAUUUUAUACUAUACUUUUAUAUUUGAUUGAAAUUCAAAUAAAUUGAAAUUGGAAGUUUGAAUUUUAGACUCCUAGCACAUGCUUUAAGGUAGACUUGCCACGUCACAUUACCAUUUUGGGGCUUCUUCUCCCCCUACUAACGUAACUCGCCAAGGCUCUCGCUCUUCUCUCUUCACAGUUUCUUUCUCUCGCUCUCUGGAGUCUGACGCUAACCAUGGAGUCCCGGUGGGUUCUGACGGCGUUAACGGUAUUAGUUUCGGCAGCUUUAGCCACGAGUACUACAGUAGGCGGCGGACGGUGUGAAUUUCCGGCGAUAUUCAACUUCGGGGACUCAAAUUCCGACACUGGCGGCUUGUCUGCGGCUUUCGGCCAGGCGCCUCCGCCCAACGGAGAGUCUUUCUUCCAUGGGCCCGCCGGCCGCUACUCCGAUGGCCGUCUCAUUAUUGACUUCAUUGCGGAAAACCUAGGACUGCCGUACCUGAGCGCGUUCCUGGAUGCGGUGGGCUCCAACUUCAGCCACGGCGCCAACUUCGCCACCGCCGGCUCCACCGUCCGACCCCAAAACACCACCCUCUCUCAGAGCGGUUUCAGCCCAAUCUCCCUCAACGUCCAGUUCAACCAGUUCAACGACUUCCACCGCCGAUCUCAGAUCGUCCGAUCCCGAGGGGGAGUGUUUCGGGAACUCUUGCCUAAGAAGGAAGAUUUCUCUGGUGCCUUAUACACCUUUGACAUAGGCCAAAACGAUCUCACAGCUGGGUAUAAACUCAACAUGUCGACCAAUGAAGUUAAAGCAUACGUCCCUGAUGUAUUGGAUCAGUUCUCAACCAUCAUUAAGUUCAUCUAUGAUCAAGGAGGUAGAUUCUUCUGGAUGCACAACACGGGCCCUGUCGGGUGCCUACCGUAUGUUUUGGACCGUUUUCCAAUCACAGCAGGACAAGUGGAUGCUGUAGGAUGUGCGAGCCCAUUCAAUGAUGUGGCACAAUACUUUAACAGUAGAUUGAAGAAGACAGUGGAGCAUCUGCGGAAGGAACUCCCUCGGGUUGCGAUCACGUACGUCGAUGUUUAUUCCGUCAAGUACUCCCUCAUUAGCAAAGCCAAGAAGUUCGGGUUUAAGGAACCCUUGGUGGCAUGUUGCGGGCACGGGGGGAAGUACAAUUACAACAGGCACGUGGGGUGCGGCGGGAAGUUGAAAGUGCGUGGGAAAGAAGUGAUGGUGGGUAAAUCCUGCAAGGAUCCGUCCGUCAAGAUUAUCUGGGAUGGGGUCCAUUUCACCCAGGCCGCCAACAAAUGGAUCUUCCAUCAAAUAGCGGGCGGCUCCUAUUCGGACCCUCCAAUCCCAUUGAACAUGGCCUGCCAUGCCCAUUCCCAUACCCAUACCCAUACCCAUACCCAUACCCAUACCCAACCCAUACCCACCAUGUCUAGGGUUUGACCAAAUUCAGAAAAUAACCUCAAGUUUGAUUUAAUGGAUCCGUAAAAGCAUUCCUAAUAAAAUUCAACACUUGAAUUCUAUUAAAAA